AUGGACAAGUUCCUCGACUCUCUCAAAGGCCGACCGGUGGAUGCAUCCAUCGACUAUCUCGUCUCCCUCCUCAAGCGACGGCAGAUCCAGGGCUCCGAGUCCUGUGCGCUCGCCACCGCCCACAUCCUUCUCCAGGUCGUCGCCCGUGACAAGUGGUCCGACGUCAACCAGCUCCUCGAGCGCGUCCAGACCGUGGGCCGGAAGCUGGUCGCCGCUUCGCCGCGCGAGUUGACCAUUGGCAACGUGGUGCGAAGAAUCCUGGGCCUGAUCCGCGACGAGGCGCAAGAAGACCGCAACGACGCCAAUAACGAUGGCAGCUCCGACGUCCUCCCCGAACCGCCGCACUCGGCGCCCUUGAAGCUCGACAGCCCCCCAGGAAAGCCCAUUCGGCCCACCAUGGCCAGCGCCCUGGGGUCCCUGACCCGCACCCAAUCCAUGUUCAACAUCCUGGCCGAUCCAGACGUCGCCCCGUCCUUCUUGCUGGAUGGAACGCCUGCAGCAAGCUCUGGAGCUUCCACCCCGUUGGCGCACGGCUUGGCCACCAAUGCCUCUGCGCUCCGCUCCGAGGUUCUAGAUGGCAUUGAGGAAAUCAUGGACGAGAUCAAGCAGGUGGACGACCAGCUGUGCGGGUACUCGGAUAUCGUAAUUCACCCGGGAGACUACGUCCUGGUUCACAAGCCGUCGAGGACGGUUCAGAGAUUCCUCACGCGAUCGAAGCGGAGGUUCACCGUGUUGGUGGUGACGGACCCGGCCACAGUCACCGCCGAAGAUCCGUAUGCCAUACUGCGCAAGUCACUGGCAGCGAAUGGCUCGACCUUGAUCAACGUCAUGAACACGGGUCUCAUGGCAUACAUGACCCGGGUCAACAAGGUUAUCCUGAGUGCGCGCGCCAUUACGGCUACGGGCGGCAUCACGGUUGAUGCGGGAGCGGCAGCAGUUGCGCGUGCUGCUCGCGCCUCGGGGCGGACCGUCAUCGUGCUCGGCGGCGUCUACAAGCUGAGCCCUGACACCCAAGCGAACCAAGAUCUCGCGACCGAGUGGGGUGAUCCCUCGAGAUAUGUCAACUUCUCCGAUGGAGCCAUGGUCAACAACGUCCGAGUCAAGAACGCCGUCUCGGAAUAUGUCCCCGCCGAGCUUAUCGACACUUACAUUACAAACCUUGGAGCGCAUUCCCGGGACCAUCUCCAUUCUAUCAUCACCGACCACUACAAGGAUGCCGAGGUAUCACUGGACCUAUAUGGAAAGAUUCGCAAAUAG